UCCCUCCCUGGGGAGGUGACUGCCGGAAGGAUCAGCUCUGCAGUCCUGUGCACCCGGCAGGCACCCCAGGGAAGAACUGGGUCCCAGUGGAUGAGCACGGGUGGGGAGUGGCAAGGUCGGGGAGUGUCAUGUGGGGCCCAGCAUCAGGCGCCUGGGGCUCAGCUUCCUCUGCCGGGUUCUUCCCCUUCUGCCCCGCCCAUUGCCUGUCCCAGCGUCUGGGGGCCCGGCCCAAGGGCCUCCUUGUGUAGAGAUGCUCCCACUGCUGCUCUUGGCCCUGCUGUCAGGUGGGUCUCUGGCUCAGUCCCAGGGAUUCUCACUGCAAGUACAGAAGGUGGUGACUGUGCAGGAGGGCCUGUGUGUGCUUGUGCCCUGCACCUUCUCCUACCCCCCGAUUGGCUGGACGGAGGACACCCCCGCUCUUGGCUACUGGUUCCUCACCGGGACAGACUCGGGCAUCGGGAGGCCAGUGGCCACAAAUAACCCAAAUCGAGCAGUGCAGACCGUGCCCAGGGACCGAUUCCAGCUCAUUGGCAAUCCCCAGAACCGGAGCUGUUCCCUGCUGAUCAGAGAGGCCCAGAUGGAAGACUCGGGAUGGUACUUCUUUCGGGUGGAGAGAGGCUAUUACGCGCAAUACAAUUUUGUAAGAAACCAGUUCAAUCUGCAAGUGACAGACCUCACCCAGAAGCCAGAUGUCUACGUCCCAGAGAUCCUGGAGCCAGGACGUCCGGUGGCAGUCAUCUGUGUGUUUAACUGGAACUUUGAGGAAUGUCCAGCCCCUACUUUCUCCUGGCUGGGGGACGCUGUCUCCGCCCCAGGGCCCAGACCCAAGUCCUCCUACUUUUCAGUGCUUACUCUCACUCCGAGACCCCAGGACCAUAGCACCUACCUCACCUGCCGUGUGGACUUCUCCAGGAAGGGCGUGAGCACAGAGAGAACCGUCAGACUUAAUGUCGCCUAUGCCCCCAAAGACCUGGUUAUCAGCGUUUCCCGAGUCAACACGUCAGCCUUUCUCUUGCUGUUUCCAGCCCUGCAGCCCCAGGGCAACAGCCCACAUCUGGAGGCUGAGAAAGGCCAGUUCCUGCGACUGCUCUGUGCUGCUGACGGCCAGCCCCCAGCCACGCUGAGCUGGGCCCUGGAGGACCGGGUCCUCUCUAGGUCCCACCCCGGGGGCUCUGGAACCCUGGAGCUGGUGCUGCCGGCGGUAAAGCCUGGGGAUUCGGGCUGCUACACCUGCCAAGCAGAGAACAGGCUUGGCUCCCGGAGCCGUACCCUGGACCUCUUUGUGCAGUAUGCCCCAGAGAACCUGAGAGUGAUGACCCUGUAUGCAAAUAGAACAGUCCUGGAAAACCUCGGGAAUGGCACAUCCCUCCCAGUCCUGGAGGGCCAAAGCUUGCGUCUGCUCUGUGUCACCCACAGCAACCCCCCAGCCCAGCUGAGCUGGGUCCUGGGGGGACAGACUCUGAGCCCUUCCCAGCCCGCAGACCCUGGGAUCCUGGAGCUCCCUCAGAUACAAAUGGAGCAUGAAGGAGACCUCACCUGCCAAGCCCAGAACGCACUGGGCUCCCAGCACAUCUCCCUGCAUCUCUCUGUGGUCUACCCUCCGCGGCUGCUCAGCCCCUCCUGCUUCUGGGAGGGCGAGGGGCUGCACUGUAACUGCUCCUCCCGAGCACAGCCGGCCCCCACCCUGCGCUGGCGGCUGGGGGAGGAGCUGCUGGAGGGGAACCACAGCAACGCCUCCUGGACCGUCACCUCCAACUCUGCGGGGCCCUGGGCCAACAGCUCCCUGAGCCUCAGUGGACCGCUGGGCUCUGGCCUCAGAGUCACCUGUGAGGCCUGGAAUGUGCACGGGAAACAGAGCGCCGCAGUCCUGCUGCUCCCAGAUAAGGGUCUCGUCUCACAAGCAUUCUCCAAUGGAGCAUUUCUGGGAACUGGCGUCAUGACCUUUCUUUUCCUCUGCCUCCUCCUGGUCAUCAGGAAGACUCUGAGGAAGAAACAGACCCAGGCUGGGACUCCGGCCCAGGCGGGGACUCCGGCCCAGGCAGGGACUCCGGCCCAGGCGGGGACUCCGGCCCAGGCAGGGACUCCGGCCCAGGCGGGGACUCUGGCCCAGGCGGGGACUCUGGCCAGGGUGGGGACUCCGGCCCAGGCAGGGAUGCCGCCGAGGCCCAGGCCUGCACGGAGAAGCACAAUCCUGGACUAUAUCAAUGUGUUCCCUAACCCUGGCCCCCUGGCUUGGAAUCGGAAAGCCACACCACGCAGUCCUUCCCAAGCCCCUCCUCCCGGUGCUCACUCCCUGGAAUUGAAGAAGAACCAGAAGGAGCUCCAUGUUGUUGCCCACACUUGUCCAGGACCCAAAUCAUUCACUCAAGCCUCGGAAUCGCAGAAUAACCAAGAGGAGCUCCAUUAUGCAACCCUCUACUUCUCAGGCCUCAGACCACGAGAGACCCAGGAGCCCAAGGAUACCCACUCAGAGUACACAGACGUCAAGUUCCACUGAGGCUGUCUUGGGCUGCGGCAUGGCAGGGCUGGGACCCAGGUCAGGCAGAUUGGAGAGGGUGAGAAAAUGAGCCACCAGUCAGUCUCUCUCUCUCUUUGUCUCUCUCUCUCGUCCUCCAAGGAUGGCUAUUCCAGACCUGAGCACACUAUUCUGAGAGGCAAGGAAAAGUCUUGGCUUUGCCACAGUUUCUCAAAGGUGGGAGGGCCUUUAAAGACAAUUAAACUACUGCUCUGUGAGGUCAGCAAGCUAACUUCAGAGGCUAAAUCUGGCCCUCUGCCUAACUUUGAGCCAGGGGUGCUUUUUACAUUUUAAAAGGUAGGGGGGAGGGGCACCCAGCUGGCUCAAUGGGAAGAGUUUGUGACUUUUGAUCUCCCAGCCCCAAGUGUGAGCCCCAAGCUGGGUGUAGAGAUUAUUAACCAUAAAAAUUAAAAAAAUAAUAAUCUUAAAAAAUAAGUGGUUGGGGGAAAUUAAAAGAGGAAAGAUGUUUUGUGAUGUGUGGAAAUGAUAUGAAAUUCAAAUUUCAGUGUCCAUAAAUAAAGUUUUAUUGGACCAUG